GUUUAUCGGAGUGCGUGAUAACCUUGCUAAGUGGUCCGAGGCGAGAGAGCAAUAAAUUGGAUAAAUGGCGGUGAUGUGCAGAUGUGCUUCUGUCGCGUGAAUCUUCACGAAAGAGAGCGGUAGGAAAAGCGAAGUUGCAGUUUAUCCAUUAGUUAGAAUAGUUGGAGUUUGAGAGAAGAGAGAGUAUUGUUGAGAGAAGAGGGAUUUUUCUGGUAAUAUGAACCGGAGGACGAGGAGGUGCAGAUCAUCCUGGAAAUGGCGGUUCUAGCGGCGCGCAGGAAACUGUUCAACGUCGCCUUCGGUCUCAUCGUCGGCCUGUGCCUCUCGCAGAUGCUGAAGAAGAGCGGCGGCGGUGGCGGCGGCAGCGACGACGUCUGCGUGGAGACGUCGAGGAGACCGGCCGCAUGGGCCACGGAGGACGACGAGCAGGACACUCAGGAGAAGCUCCUCUUCGUCGGCGUGAUGACGGCAGCGAAGUAUCUGGACGGACGGGCGAAAGCCGUCUACGAUACGUGGGGAUCGUCGGUUCCCGGGAAGAUCGCGUUCUUCAGCUCGGAGGGAUCGUACAGCGAACACGUCCCUCUGAUACCGCUCAUCGGCGUCGACGAUACAUACCCGCCGCAGAAGAAGAGCUUCAUGAUGCUCAAGUACAUGCACGACAAUUACUUGGAGAAGUUCGAGUGGUUCAUGCGGGCCGACGACGACGUCUACGUGCGCACGGACAAGUUGGAUCGUCUGCUGCGUUCUGUUGAUAGCAGAAAACCGUGGUUCAUCGGGCAGACGGGAAGAGGCAACUCGGAGGAAUUCGGUCUACUGUCUUUGGAGAGCGACGAGAACUUCUGCAUGGGCGGACCCGGAGUCAUCCUCAGCAGGGAGACGUUGAGGAAGAUCGGACCGAACAUCGAGAGCUGCUUGAGCACGCUGUACACCACCCACGAGGACGUCGAGCUCGGACGUUGCGUUCGUCGCACGGCCGGCAUCUCCUGCACAUGGUCCUACGAGGCGAGUCCUUCUAACCAGAUGCAGGUCAUCUUUUACCAUAACCAGAGCGGAAACGCGGCCUUCACGGGGGACCUCAAGCAGAAGGAAGUGCAUCGCGCCAUCACGUUGCAUCCAAUCAAGAAGCCCAAGUACAUGCAUCGCAUGCACAAAUACAUCAAGAGUUUGCAGUUGCAAGCGAUCAAGCAGGAGAGCAUCCGAUUGCAUCGAGACAUCGCAUCUUCGAUGGCCGAGAGGAACGUCAAUCUGGAUCAGCUGGGCGAGGCGGAACUGUACGAAGACGUUCGACUGUUCGAAGAGCCCUCAGGAUCGUCGUCGUAUCUGGGUGAGGCGAGGGUUUUGGGCGCGAGGAACGGUUUGAACCGUUUCAGACCGACGGACGUGGAGGACGUCCUCGACUGGGACUUCAUCUCGAAAUCUCUGUACUCGUACAAAGAUUCCAACUCGAAACGGAGAUUGGGAUCUUCGAUCAAAGAAGGCCUAUCGGACGUCAUCAGAGAAGUGAUGGAAAUUAUCAAUUUGUAUUCGAAGCAACGCGGAAGAGUCAUAGAUUUCAAGGAGGUGUUCUACGGCUAUUGGAGAUUGGACCCGGUGCACGGUGUGGAUUUGAUCCUGGAUCUGCUGCUUGUUUAUAGGAAGUACAGAGGGCACAAGAUGACGAUUCCGGUUCGUCGCCACGCUUACAUCCAGCAGACGUUCACCGGUCUGGAGAUUCGCGAGAUGGACACGGUUGGUAACGCGAGCAUGGCGGAAACGGAAGUUCCGUUACAUCGGAAGUUAAUAAAACAAGUGAUUUCUAAACUGGGCGACGGGAUCUUCUCUUCGAACGGUGCAAGUAAAAAGAGGAUAACUUUCGUACUUCCUUUGAGCGGAAGAUAUGAGACUUUUAAGAGAUUCCUGCAGCUGUACGAGGACGCGUGCGUUUUGGAGUUGGAGAGCACCAGGCUGCUGGUGAUCUUGUAUAAAAGCGGUGACUUUGAUCUGAGCUACGAUCUGCUGAUGAAGCUCAGGGAUCGGUACAGAAACAGUGAGAUUUUGGUGGACGUUGUCGACGAUGAGGUGGAGUUUUCGCGUGGCAGAGCUCUGCAGCGUGGUGUUAAUCUGACGGAACCCGGUGAUUUGCUGUUGUUCAUCGACGUGGACAUCGUCUUCAGCAGGGAGAGUCUUCGGAGGAUCAGGCAGAACACGGUGCGCGGUCGUUCCGUUUACUUCCCGAUAGUUUACAGCACGUACAAGGAACCUGCAGAUUGGCAGGACGUGUUCGCGCCUAGGGAGAAUAUUAAGUAUGUUCCUAAUUUCGAUAACAGCUCUGGGUCUUGGAGGCAGUUCGGUUUCGGGAUCGUCAGUCUCUACAAGUCCGAUUACGAGACUCUCGGUGGUCUCAAUCUGACCAUCUCCGGUUGGGGUUACGAGGACGUCAACUUCUUCGAUGCGGCGAUUCGUGGUGCCGGCGGUUUGAAGGUCAUCAGGUCGGCGGAUCCGGGUCUGCUGCACGUCUACCAUCCGGUCGUGUGCGAUCGAAAGUUGGAUUCGCUCCAGAUGACGAUGUGCAGGGGAAGUCAGGCGAGCACGUUGGCAUCCCUGAAGAACAUCCAGGAGUUCAUCAAAACGCACAAGGACUUCUUCAGAGGAAUCUUAUGAUAUAUGUAAUACUCGUUGCUGUGAUUUUAUAUUUAUAUUUUACAUGUAAUAAUUAUGAUGAGAAGAAGGACAAGAAGAAAAGAAGGAAGAGAAAAAAGAUGAAAAAUGCUACAAAAUUCUAAUACCCGAAAACGAUUCACCACUGUACAAAGACAUUAUGAAAACCAAUAAAAUCGUUCCACAUUUUCGAAA